GCCCCAUAACCUGUCUCUCUCCUUCCUCCCUCCUGUAGCCACCCGCGUCCGUUCCCUCAGGUUGCGCUUCCUGACCCGUGCCCUUGUCUAUCCGUCCGCGUUCGUUCUGUCAUCGGUGCUCCUCCCCCUCCUGGUUGGCGCUCCUCCUCUCGCUCCUGGUUGGCGCUCCUCCUCUCGCUCCUGGUUGGCGUUCCUCCUCCCGCCUUUUCUGCUCGCUUUCCUGCUCCCUGCCAAGGUUCCCGCCUCUCCGUUUCGAACUUGCAAUGCUUCUGACCUCGGCGCUUCUGCCUUGCCUCCUUUCCGCCUUGCGUCCUUGCCUCCUCGACAUUCCUUUUGGUUGGCGUCCGCCCCCCUCCCCUCUCCCCCCCGGGGGCCCCUGGCCCCAUAACCUGUGUGUCUCCUCCGUCCUCCCGCCGUUAGCCUCACUGCGUCGGUUCCCUCAGACUGGGUCCGUCACCUUCCGCGCUGCUGUCUCCCGCCUCAUCUGCUCGCGAGCGUCUCAAGGUUCCUGCGUCUGACACUCUGCCGUCCACUAAGCUUCAGUCGUCUCUGCUCUCGCGUCUGUUCCCAGUCAGAAGGUCCUCCGUCUUCCAUCCAAUCCUGCAGUGCUUCAGACCUCGGUGCUCUUGCCUUGCGUUCCAUGCCUCUUGGUUGGCGUUCCCCCUCUCCUCCCCCCCCGGGGCCCCCUGGCCCCAUAACCUGUGUCUCCUCCGUCCUCCCCCCUGAAACCACAAUCCGUUGAUUCCCCAGGGCGCUCUGUCAGCCUAUCCGUUCAUGUAUCCAGUCUCGUGUCUCUGCUCUCUCCCGCCUCAUCUGCCCGCGCGCCUGCCUUUCCUCCAAGGUUCCUCCGUCUCUGUUGAUCUCCAAUGGUUCAGACUGGUUCAGAGUGGUUCAGACUGGUGCUUCUGCCUUCGUUGAUUCCGUCUUCUCGUUGGCGCUGGUUACCUAGCUGGUUGGCGUUUCCCCUCGUCUCUCCCUCCCUUCCCCCCGGGGCCCCCCUGGCCCCAUAACCUUUGUCUCCUCUCGUCUUCCCUCCCCUGCCGUAGCCACACCCUUCCCUCGUACAGGGUGCGCGCCGCGCCGGUUUUCUCAUCCCUCUUCCAUCCUGCCGCGUCUGUGUCUGCGUUCUCUUCUACCGCUGCUCGCGCUACUGCUCCUGCUGAAGUUCUGCAUGUCUCUACUCACGUUCGCUGCACCUUCUUACGUCUACUCUUCCGUCCACGCGUCUACACUUUCGUCUACACGUGAUUCCUUCCGUCUACUCUUCCGUCUACUGCUGUCUAUUACCGUCGCUGCACAUGACUACUCCCGUCUACAUGCGUCUACAUCCGUCUAUCUUUUUUCACUUAGCCUCCGUCGGUGUGCUGUGAGAUUUCAGUCCGGUUGCGCACUUGGAUUGGUUAUGGUGCAGAUGAGGAAGAUGGUGCAGAUUGUGUGGGCGUGUGACAGGACGGUAGUUUAGGAAAGUGGUUGGCGUUGUAUGUGGCGUUGUAUGUUGCUCCGUUCUCUUGCCUGUGCAGGACUCGGAGCGGGGACGUCUGAUACGCGAGUGCUUGGCUGAUUUUUGGGGGCAACUAUGCGAGUGGCGAGGCGGGAGAGCCUUCUCCGGCGUGCAGAGCGAGCGGGGUGUAAUGGUUGAGGUGUUGCUGUGUCUGCCGUCAGCGCGUCUGCCGGUACAACCGCGGGCAGCUGAAUCCAGACACACAUGCGGGUCGGCGGGUGGCGAACCGGUUGCGGGACUUAUUUGAACGAGUAACAGAGGCGCGAGGGAAGUCUGUUUCCCGAUGUUAACGCGUGAAGUGGCGGCUGUGUCGGCGUAAAACGCAGGGUGCGAGGACGAGGAACGGGUGGGGCGGAGGCGAACGGGAGCGGUAUUGAGUGGCGCGUGUCCGCUGUCUGCACGUCUGCUGGGACAACCACAGGCGGCAGCGGGAGACACCCGCCAACCCCCCCUUUUUUGCAGGAAAGGAAGACAACCAGAGGCGCUGUAGGGAUGAAACAACAGCUCGAGGAAUAAACGCGCGUGGGGCGAGGAGGGGCGGAAGCGAGAGGCGCGUGUCUGCUGUCUGCACGCCUGCUGGGACAACCAGAGGCGCUGAUGGGAAGACACGUGGAGGCGAGUGCGGGACGAGAGACGAACGCGCGAGGUGUGAACGCGCGUGGACGGGAUCGAGCGGCGCAUGUCUGCUGUCUGCAAGUCUGCUGGGACAACCACAGGCUGCAACGGGAGACACCCGCCCACCCCCCCUUUUGUUUGCAGGUUUAGAAACGAGAGCGAGAAGGAAUACUAAGGGCGCUGAUGGGAAGACGCGUGCGGAGGUGUAUGCGAGGGCAGGACGAGAUAUAAACGCGAGGGGUGAACGCGGGAGCAGGGCGAGAGGCGGGUGAGCGCUGCGUGUGUCUGCCGUCUGCACGUCUGCUGGGACAACCAGAGGCGCUGAUGGGAAGACGUAUCGGCACGAAGAGUGAACGGCGUGGGGGACGAGGAGUGGCGCGUGUCUGCUAUCUGCAUGUCUGCUGGGACUACCGCAGGCGCAGAUGGGAAGACUCGUGUGGAGGUGUACGGCAGGGCGAGGGAUGCGAGUUAGCGGCGCGUGUGUCUGCUGCCUGCACGUCUGCUGAGACAACCGGAAGACGCAACGUCAAGACACGAAGGGUGAACGGCGUGUGAACCGCGAGGAACGGGAUCGAGGGGCGCGUGUCUUCUGCCUGCACGUCUGCUGGGGCAACCGGAAGACGCAACGGCAAGACACGAAGGGUGAACGGCGUGUGAACCGCGAGGAACGGGAUCGAGGGGCGCGUGUCUGCUGCCUGCACGUCUGCUGAGACAACCGGAAGACGCAACGGCAAGACACCCGCCCACCCCCUUGUUUUUGCAGGUUGAAACUGUCUCUCUGCACGUCUGCGAGGACAGUCGUAGCUGAGUGGCGCGUGUCUGCUGUCUGCACGUCUGUUGGGACAAUCGCGGGCGCUGAUGGGAAAACACGCGAGGAUGGAGCAGCGAGGGCUCAACUUUCGUGGGGCGUGGAGGGACGGGAUCGAGUGGCGCGUGUCUGCUGUCUGCACGUCUGCUGGGACAACCGCGGGCCUGCUGCAGAAAGACACCCCACCACCUCCCCCGUUUGCAGGUUUUGAAGGGUCGAAUCGAGCUCUUAGGGUUUGGUAAUCGGCGUUUGCACGGCUCGGCGUCUGCAUGUCUCCGCGGGACGGGUGGUUCGGUGCGCGGAUGUUGAACGGGCAUGAGAAGGGGAAUCGAGUGGCGUGGCGCGUGUCUGCUGUCUGCACGUCUGCUGGGACAACCACAGGCCUGCUCCAGGAAGACUCCCCACCACCUCCCCUUAUUGCAGGUUCUGAAGGGUCGAAUUCGCAGGGUGUGGGAAUCGGCGUCUGCACGGCGGUCUGCACGGCGGCGUCUGCACGCGUUGGAGUGACGGGUAGCUUGGUGCGCGGAUGGUGAACGGGAGGGGGCAAUAUAGUCGGAAUCGACUGGCGUGGCGCGUGUCUGCUAUCUGCACGUCUGCUGGGACAACCACGGGCUGCUCCAGGAAGACUCCCCACCACCCCCCCUUUUUGCAGGUUCUGAAGGCUCAAGCGGGUGUGUCUGCACGGUCUUUUGCACGUCUGCACGUCUGCGCGUCGUCUCCUGCACGUCUGCACGUCUGCUCGUCGUCUUCUGCACGUCUGCACGUCUGCGCGUCGUCUUCUGCAUGUCGGCAUGGUUGCUGGAACAGCUCAAGGGUGGUGGUUUUUGCGGGCUUGAGAGGACGGGUCUCCGGUGGGAUGAUGGUACCCUCGGUGGGCAUGCGGUGUAUGCGAGGGGUGAGCUCGUGGGGCGAACACGGUUGGGAGUGGGGGAGCGACCUGCGCGUGUGAGCUGUCUGCACGUCUGCUGGGACAUUACCAGAGGCUGGGACACCCGCCAACCCCCCUUUCAUUUGCAGGUUGAAGCGAUAAUGGUGGCGUAGGUGACACCUGUGCACGUACGCGUCGAGGUGCUCGGCGGACGGGCGCUUGGUGAGCGGUUGAGGGGCGAAUGGGCGCGGGAUCGAGCGCGCGAUGGGUGUGUCUGCUGCUCUACACGUCUGCUGGGACAACCACAGGCGCUGGUGGACAAGACACCCGAGGAUGCUUGUUGAAGGGGUGGUGGUUGAGUGGUGGUGGAGUGGUGGUCGAGAACCGGUCUGUUGCGGUUGUGUCUGCACGUCACAGCGGGAUCGAGGGGGCCGUGUGUCUGCUGCGACUGCACGUCUGCUGGGACAACACCACAGGCUGCAAGGGGAAGACACGCGCCAAACCCCCGCUUUUCUUGCAGGUUUAGGAAGAGAGCGUGUGAGUGGGAGACACGGGAUGCGAGUGACAGCCGCAGGUGAUGCGCGGGUAGGCGCACGACGGACGGCGUGGCGGACGGCAUGGGCGGACGGCAUGGGUGGACGGUGUUCUGACGAGCGGGCGACGUUCGGGUGGGAGAUCUACGGGCGUGCACGAAUGUGGGGCGGGCGGUUGAGCGACGCGUGUCUGCUGUCUGCACGUCUGCUGGGACAACACCACAGGCGGCGACGGACGAGACCCGCCAACCUCCCCCUUUCGCAGGUUUCAAGAGAGGCGGACGGCUGUAAGGACGCGGGAGGAGCGUCGUUGCGUUUGCGCACUCAGCACGUCCGGCGGUGCAACCUUGGUAACUGAGAAGCGAUGGGACGUGCGCGGUGAAUGUAUUUAUAACUAUAAGGACGCUGGAGGAGGGUUGUUGUGUCUGCGCACUCAGCUCGUCUGGCGGUGCAACCACGGGCGGUGAAUGUACUCUGCAACUGAAGGACGCCGGAAGAGCGUCGUUGCGUCUGCGUACUCAGCUCGUCUGGCGGUGCAACCACGGGCAGCUGAGGCGCGGUGGGCGGUGAAUAUCUCAAACGGCUUGCGUGAGCGGGCGCAUGGCGAGCGGGGUGGGUGCAGACGAGCGCUGGCGUGACGGGUAUGGGCUCGAGUGUGGUGUAUAUGUGGCUGCUGGUGCACAGGGGAAUCACCGGGCACACGGGGGCGAAGGAUGGUGGAAGGGCGGG